AUGAGCGAAGCGCCGAAGGAGCCCGUCGCGGACCCCGGGGGCGCCCCCGCGGCGGUUCCGGCGGCUGAUACGGCCCCUGGUAACCCCGCGGCUCCCGCAGCGGGCGCACCCGCGGCUGCCCCGGCGACGGAGCCCCCGUCCGCCAUCCCCGCCGAGAUCCCCACCGCGCGGGCAUCGGACCCGGCGCCCGACGCCCCCGUCGCCGACGCCGCACCCGCGCCCCCCGCGGCGGUACCGAGCCCGGUCUCCCCGCCAGCGCCGGAUGCCCCCGCCAAGGCUUCCGCGGAUGAACCCACCCCCGCGGCGAGGGACGCCGCGCCCGAUACCGCACCCGUCCCCGAACCCGCCCCCGCGGCCACCGCGACCCCCGACCCGGUGUCGUCCCUCGUCGCGGGCGCGAUCGCCAAGGCGACGGGAGGAACCCCCGAGCCGGCACCGAGGGUGGAUCCGCCAGCUGUGACGAAUGCGACGCCCGCGCCAGCUGUGACGCCGGGUGCACCCGCGGCUCCCGCGCCCACCCCCGAGGGCCCAAUCGCGGUGCCGUCCACGGCGGUGACCCCGGGCGGGCUCGGGACCGCGCUCGCGGCGGCGGCGGAGAAGGCGGCGGCGCCCGAGACGCCGAUGACGCCAGCUGUGGCGGACCCGGUGUCGUCGCUCGUGGCGGGCGCCAUCGCGAAGGUUUCAGCGGAGAAUGCCGAGCCCGCCCCGAAGGAAGAGGAGGGGAAGGAGGAGGAAGGAGACGCCGCGGCGAAGCCCGCGCUGGAGAAACAGGCCUCGACGAAGGAUGCGACCAAGAAGGUUGGGCUGUUUGGCAGGAUGUUUGGCGGCAAAAAGAAGGAGGAGAAGAAGGAGGAUCCCGCCGCCGCGAAGAAGACGGAGGAGCCGGAACCGGAGCCGGCUCCCUCGACCCCAAACCCCGUCGCGGAUCUGGUUUCCAAUGCGAUCGCGAAGGUGGAGGGCUCGUUCGGGUCCCCGGUCGAUUCUUCGACGGAGGCGAAGAAGGAGGAGGCUGCGCCUGCGGAGACUGCUUCCGUGCCGGCGGGGAAGAAGAUCGCAAUUCAGGAUGAGGAGGAACCUCCCGCCGCCGCCGCGCCCGCGGCACCCGCGGAGACACCCGCGGAGACACCGCCCGCCCCGGCGGAGCUUCCCGCACCCCCGGCACCCCCCGCCGAGGCGGAAGCCCCCGCGGCACCCGCCCCCCAGGCUGCCCCCCAGGCGCCCGCGGCGCCCCCGGCACUUCCCGUUCAACCCCCCGCCGAGGACGUCCUGCCGUCCCCGGUGAAACAACCCCACGAGGUGGAGAUGGACGCGGAAAAGGCUGCCGCCGUUAAGUCCGGCGUGGUCUCCGCGUUUCUCACGCCCGGAGGCAUCGGUGGCGCGCUCGGUAAAGGCGGCGCGGCGAGGGCAACCCCGACGGAGCGGCGCAUGCGCGGCGCCGUCGCCGCCGAUGACGUGCUCUCGCUGAGGGUUCACUCGACAUCCGCCCUCAUCCCCAACGCCAUCAUGGUCUCCCCGGUGCUUCGCGUCCACCUCGUGGACUCGGAGACUGGCUUCCCGCUGAAUCCCUCGGGGACUGACACCACCCCGGUCCAGACGGCGCCCUUUGAUCUGAAUCGCAGGGUCAAGGCGUCGAUGUCCCCCGAGUGGAACGAGACCCUCGACGUCGAGGAGCUCGUUCAGGACGUGACCCACUCCAGGGCGCUGUUGCUAUUCGAGCUGCUCCAGCCGGUCCCGAGCUUUGGGUACUACGACGAGAGGCCCGACAUGUUUCCCAACGGCCAGCCCGCGAAGAUCGCGUGGGGUUUCCUCAAGCUCCUCAGGACCAGGGACCAGCAGCCGAACUUUGGCAGGCUCCAGGUGCAGCUGUACAAGUUCCCCGGCGAGGCCCAGGGGCUCGUGGGGGCGCUCACCAAGACCGCGUUCAACAACUGGGCGGGUCAGAAGGACGUCGUCGGUGACCUGGCGGUGUACCGCACGUGGAAGGAGACGAUCAAGCACGCCCCGGCUCUCCGACCUCUCUACCCGGCGCACGUCAACGUGACGGUGGCCGCCGCGCCUCGGGGCGGCGCCGCCACGGCGCUCCUCAGCUCCCUCAAGGACAACAUCAAGAACGCGGCCGCGCUUCCGGCGCCCGGCAUGACCCUCAAGGGUCUCGUCACGGGCAAGGCGAUCAAGCCCAGGCCCGGGAUGAAGGAGCGGAUUGAGCGCGAGCGAGCGCUGGGCGGCGGUUGGCGAGGGGCGCAAGACGUGCUCACGUCGGCACCCGCGGAUGAAGCCGCGGAGGUGACCGAGACCCUGGGGCGCCUCCCGUACGAGACCUUGUGCUACGGGAUGGACGCGGACGCCGCUGCGGCGCAUCAGGCGGCGUCUACGCCCAUGAAGGCUGCCAUCGUGACCGCCAUCAAGCAGGGCGAGGACGGGCCCGGGGCGACAUACGAGGCUGGGGGCAGGCCCGGGAAGCCGGUCAUCGUCAAACUGCCUCACGCCAGGGAACGCCACGACGAUUGCGAGAUCCCCAACGGCGAGGCCCGGACGCAGGUGACCCUCCCGGGUCACGCGCACGAGUGCGUCCUCGCGUCGUUCGAUCAGCUCGGGCGCAGACUCGCCGCCGUGUGCAAGGAGGGCUCCAUGUACACGGUCCAAAUUUUCGACAUGGCCACCGGUCAGUGCACCGCGGCGUUCGCCGGCCACGGAAGCAGCGUGUACGACGUGUGCUGGGCUCGCGAUCCCGAGAUUGACGUCGGCGCGAGCCUCGGCACCGUCGACUUUGGCGGCGGCGCGCCCACCAGGGUCAUCACCGCGUCGGCGGAUGGCGCGGCGAGGGCGUGGUCGGUGGGUGCCGACGCCCGCGCCCCGACCAGAGAACAGCUCGGGUCCGACGACGCCGUCGCGCAGCAUGCGUGCGAGUGCUACGGCGCCGCGUGGCACCCGCAACGACCGGAGCUCGCGGUGACGGUGGCGAGGGACGGGGGGGUUCGGCUGUGGAGCAUGCCGUCGGGCUCGGGUUCGCGUGGGGUGCCGGCGCAGGGCUCGGUCGUCACCGGCAUCGCGCCCGGUCAGCCCGGGGUUGCGGCGACGGCGCUCGCGUUCGACAAGGGGGGGCACCGCGUGUUCGUCGGUUUCGCCGACGGGAGCGUCAGGGAGAUGCUGGUGGAGCUCGGACAGGACGUGCUCGGCGCCGGUUCGCGGACGAGCGCCGGGGCGCCCUUGCACCCCACGAGCUCGGUUCGACCGCUUCGAGAGUGCCGCGACACCCUCGGCGAGGCGGUGACGUGCAUCCGCGUCACCCCCAACGACAGGCGCGUGCUCGUUCGCACGAUCGCGGACCGAAUCGCCUCCGUGGAGGUUUCCUUCUUCGCCGCGACGCACAGUUUGGACCUCGCCAAGCCCGGGUUUAAGCUCAGGAACGCGAAGAAGGAUGGCGGUCCGCAACUCGCCAGGUUCGGAGUCUCCCCCGACGGCAGGUUCGCCGUGGCGCCCGCCGCGGACGGAUCCACCAGGCUCUUCGACGUCGACAUCGGCGGCGACGGCGUACGCGUCCCCGCGGCGGAGACCCGCGGCGUCCGCGUCAACGACGUGGCGUGGUCCCCGGCGGCGCACGUGGUGUGCGUGGCUUCGGCGGAUGCGAAAAAGCCGGUGGCGCUCAAGGCUAGCGUCGAGGGUCGACCGGCGAUCGAACCCCCGGCGAGGGCGAACGGCGUGGGGAUACUCGGCCGCCCCGGCGCCCCGACGACGGCGGCGGCGAUCAAGAAGUCGAGGGAGGCUGCCGGGUUUGCGUCCUCCACCCGCGGCCGCUCGGAUCCGCUCCCAGCGGAGCUCACGCCGGAUGCCGUGAGGGAGAUGCUGCGGCGGAUCCGCGUCGACGCGCAGCGGGAGCGGACGCAGGCGAAGGAGGAUUUCCAGCGGCAGAGGAUGGCGACGCCGCGCGGGGUGCCCAACCCCAUCGCGGGGGCGUCAACCGGGGCGGCGGCUGCGUACGGUUUGGAAAAGGAAAACGCGUCCGCCUCUUUGGGUUUCGACGCGGCGAAGAGGAGCUUCGACCCGUACGGUGGGCCGGGGGGGGCAUCGGUGACUGGGGAGGGAGGACGCGGGGAAGGGUACGGCCUGUCGUCGAUGGGGUACGGGGUUGGGGGCGUCGCGGGUGGAUCGAGCGCGGGUGUCGGGUACGGACUCGGGUCCGAGCUCGGCGCCGGGGCGCUCUCCAGCCUGUCCCCGGUGGGUUAG